GCAGUAUGCUAGCAAGUACUGCUAUCACAGGGAUUCAUGAUCCGCAUCUACACCAUAAACUUCAAUGCUUUAAUUGAGACCUAAUCAUGUCUCAAGUCGAGAAAAAGGCAGGCUUGCUAAGGAGGACGUCGUCCUCUAAAAAGCCUUUGAAAGAAAAGGUGGUUCUGAUGUAUGAUGAGAUUUUUGCUAAAGAAGACCCAGCCAAAAAUAAUCCUCGCUUUUGGGAUGAGCUGUUUCUCAUGAAGGUGAAUCUAGAGUACCUUGAGUCAAAGCUGGAGAGCGUGGAUGGGGAGGAAGUGCAGCGUAUUCAAGACAACAUCAACUCUCUGUUUCACCACUGCAUCCAGGCUCUUGGAGAGGAACAUCAGAUUAAAGUAGUCAAUGCCCUGCAGACUUUAUGUGCACUUUUUCGAGGCGUUCACCAAAAGAACAAGUCAACGUCUGGCUUUGACAUCAUCAACAUGCUCAUGGGCUUUGACAAAGCUGAACAAAGGAUGAAGGACCUGAUGGAGAGACUGGACAGCCUUCUUUGUGGAGACGGCUCAGAAAGUCUUAAAAGCCUCUGCCUCAAACUGUUGCUCUGUUUGGUGACGGUGACAGACAAUAUUAGCCAGAACACCAUACUGGAAUAUGUGAUGAUCAAUAGCAUCUUUGAAGCUAUUCUACAGAUUCUUUCAGAUGUUUCCAGUAGAGGGCAGCAUGGCUAUGAUGCUGUUGUUCUCCUGGCUCUCCUGGUCAACUACAGAAAGUAUGAGUCUGUAAAUCCAUACAUUGUGAAACUCUCCAUUGUGGAUGAUGAGCCUACACUGGAUGGGAUGGGCAUGGUCGUCCACCAAGCUCUGGCAGAAUAUAACAGACAGUACAAGGAGAAAGAGGAAGAGAACCAGGGAGGUUUCUUCUCCACUCUCACUAGUAUGGUGGGCAGCAUGUUUAUAGCAGAUGCUGAUGAGAAACUCUCUGUGCAGACAAAUGAGGCGAUCCUGCUGGCACUUUAUGAAGCUGUGCACCUUAACAGAAACUUCAUCACUGUGCUGGCACAGAGCCACCCUGAGAUUGACAUCGCAGCCACGCCCGUCACCCCAACCCCAACGACGCCAACGACGCCGCUCGGCACAACGCCGCCCGCCCUGGACAUGAUGAACAACCCAGAGCUGCCUCUGGAUCCCAACCUGCAGACCAGCAACCUUCUCAUUACCUUCCUCAAGUAUGCCUCCAUUGUAAUGCAGGAUACUAAAGAUGAGCAUCGACUCAACAGUGCCAGACUUUGCCUGAUCAUCCUCACCUGCAUAGCCGAGGAUCAGUACGCAGAUGCCUUUCUUCACGACGACAACAUGAACUUCAGAGUCACCCUUCACAGAAUGCCCAUGAGACACAGGAAAAAAACAGUGGGGAAAAACAUCCCGUCACGCCCACUGGUCUGUGCUGUUCUAGACCUGAUGGUGGAGUUUAUCGUUACUCACAUGAUGAAGGAUUUCCCCAUGGAUUUAUAUUUACGUUGUGUGCAAAUCAUCCACAAACUGCUGUGUUACCAGAAGAAAUGCAGGAUCAGACUACACUACACCUGGAGGGAGCUGUGGUCAGCUCUCAUCAACCUGCUGAAGUUCCUGCUGUCGAAUGAAACCAGCCUGCUGGCCAAACACAACAUCUUCCAGCUGGUCUUACUGAUUGUGAACCUGUUCAACAUGUUUAUAACCUACGGCGACACGUUCCUGCCCACCUCCAACAGCUACGAUGAGUUGUAUUAUGAAAUAGUUCGAAUGCACCAGGUCUUUGACAACCUCUACUGUAUGGUUUUGAGAGUGUCCACUAAUGCAGGCCAGUGGAAGGAGCCAGCCAGCAAAGUCACACACUCCCUUGUCAAUAUUCGGGCCAUUAUCAACCAUUUCAAUCCCAAAAUUGAGUCGUAUGCUGCUGUGAACCACAUCUCCCAGCUCUCAGAAGAACAGGUUUUGGAAGUGGUGCGGUCCAACUACGACACGCUGACCCUCAAACUGCAGGACGGUCUGGACCAGUAUGAGAGAUACUCAGAGCAGCCGAAAGAAGCUGCUUUCUUCAAGGAUCUGGUGCGCUCCAUCAGUCUGAACGUGAGGAAGAACGUCUCUCUGAACACCCUGAGCCAGGACUUGCUGCUCAAAGAGUUCUCCACCAUCUCCUGAGACCCGGCCCCCACCCUCACUAAGACCCGCCUUUUCGUGCAUGUGGACAUCUUUACGCUUUCAUGCUAACGGCACCGACCCGGACCCGUCCUCGGGUUUUCCUUCCACGUCUCGACUCCUCGCCGCCCGAACCCUUUGAACGGUGGAAACACCUCGCCGAGGUUUGGACACGCUGACACACUUGGAUGCACCUUAAGGAACAAUCAGAACUCUCUGGACCAUCAUCCUUUGUGGUUGUGUUUAGCUCGCGCUGGUUCCUUUAGUGCAAUCAGUAGUUUUGGCUGGACUGUUAACUGACACGUGAACGUUUAAAAUAUUCCUUCUUGCAGUAAAACAAAGUAUUUUAGUCUUGUGGCGUACAGCUAAUCACCGUUUCUGAUUUAUCUCCACCGCAGUUCUUUUCUAACAGAAGUUCUGGUGAUCCUGAGCCAUUUUCAGUUUGAAUCAAAGCGUUUAAUCUUUAAAUCAAAAUGCUCGUUGGGUUAAUUUAACUCUCUGUUCUCAAGUUGCUUUGUUUGCUACGGUAUAGGUCGUUUUCGUAAAUUAGGCUGUGAGGAUGCUUUGAAGUGAUUAAAAAACAGUUUGUUUUUUUUGGUUCAAA